AUGGCUGUCGAAGCGGUGCAUCUGGACGCGAGUGCCAGAGCCCGCCGAAGUCAAGGAGAUCAAGACCUUCCUCGAGUACGCUCGCCGCAAGGACGCGCGCCAGGUUACCAUCAAGAAGAGCGCCGCCAAGAAGGCUGGGGCUGGCCAGGUCUACAAGUUCAAGCUCCGCUGCUCCAAGUACCUCUACACGUUCUCGCUCCGCGACGCCGACAAGGCCGAGAAGCUCCGCCAGUCGCUCCCGCCUACGCUCAAGGUCAACGACGUCGACGGCCCCGUCAAGGCCAAGAAGUAAGCGGUCCCCGCCCGGACUGGCUACUUCGGCGACCAGGGGAUAGAGAGGAGUCUUGUUGUGACAACUCGGUCGUUCUCUUCCCCGACUUCUGCUUCCACCGUCGCGUUUGGGCAGAGGAGCGAGUGUGCAGAACGCUGCGAGAGAACGCUACGGGCUGA